CCCCCGUUUCUGUCCCGACAUGCGCCCGUCCUCCGCGCUCGCUGCUGCUGCUGAUCCCUCUUUGUCCGGUAGCGACAGCAGGCCAUGGUAAUUAUGGCCAAAUUUGCGUUUUUGAAUGAAUUAUAGUCGAGCGGUGGAUCAUCCGGCUCACACCGCGCGAGGACGGCGUUACUGGCGAUGACACACCGGAAGGUGUCAGUUUAAAGGACAGCGCAGCGAGCGACGGAGAAAGGUGUUGUUUUUCACACCUCAGGGCCACCGUAGACAUGACCUGAAGGCUGAUUCCAGCUAGCUGGCUCGUAGCCUUCAAGACGUCGUCAUUUUUAACUUUUUUUUUCCCUUGCAUAUGAACGGUGAUAUGCCACUUCACCGACAGCCAUAUUAGAUAAUGGCUGCCGAAUCGGGGAGACUACUGGCGGGACAAGGAAAACGAAAAGCAUCACAGAUGAAGAGCCCGGAGAAAAAAAAGACCAGAAAGUCCACGACUCAGACGACGGGGUUCUCCCACCUGACAGAGUUCGCCCCGCCCCCCACGCCCAUGGUUGACCACCUGGUUGCCUCCAACCCAUUUGAUGAUGACUUCGGACCUCCGUCUCGACCGAGCGGUGCCGUUGGACCCGGUGGCGCUCCGUUUCUCCCCAGUCCCGGUGGCGGUGGUGGACCCAUGUACGGGGGCAGGAUGGGCACAGGGAUGACCCUGAUGGGGGGCCCGGGAGGACCAGGAAGCGGUUCUGGGCGCAGGCUGCCUUUUGGACCUCCGUCCAACGCCGGGCCGCACCACCAGCUGGGCUUUGAAACCCAGGGACCGUUCCCCCCCUCCCAGGACGGCCCCUAUCCGGGUCCCAGUCCUCCUGGACCGGUCGGGGAGGAGGGGAAGAACUUUGCCGGGCCUCCGGGUCCUUCGCCGCAGCAGCAGCUGAACCUGAACCCUAAUGGCCCCCCAACCAACAACAACACCCCCGGUCCUCCCAACGCCAGCCAGCAGCAGCCGGGGGGGGGAUUUCCCGGUCACCCUGACGUGCAGCAGCCCGGCAGCAACACGCCGGGUCAGCCCACGUCGGCGCCGCCACAAUCCAACCCCAACUCCUCGCCAACCGGUCCCCUGAACGGGUCGGGCCAACCCCAACACCCCCAGUCCAAUCAGCUGCAGCACCCCAGCAGCGCCAACACCCCCAACUCCAACAGCUCGAGUCAGCAGCAGCAGUCCACUCCGCCCAACUCGGCGCCGGGCCCGGCGUCCUACAGCCAGCAGAACAGCACCGCCGGUGCCGGCGGGCCUCAGUCCAACGCCGCCCCCAACUCUGCACAGAACAGCCUGACCAACAACAACGGGGGCCACACUCCGGGGGGCAACCCCAACCCCCCCCCCCACUCCACCUCCACCCCCAACACCCAGUCCCCACUGCCCCCAGGCCCCGCCCCCUCCAGCGGCCUCGGCCCCGGAAAGCUGGGCGGUCCCGGUAUGGUGUUCCCGUGCGGCCACUGCGUGGCAGAAGUCCACGACGACCAGGACGCCAUCCUCUGUGAGGCGUCGUGCCAGCGCUGGUUCCACCGCGACUGCACAGGCCUGACUGAACCGGCGUACGGGCUGCUGACCCGAGAAAGCGCCGCUGUGUGGGCGUGCGACUACUGCAUCAAGACCAAGGACAUCCAGGCGGUGUUUGUGCGGCAAGGCCUCGGCCAGCUGGUGGCCGCCAACGAGAGCUAGAGGAGCGAGGCGCACCGGACCGGAUCGAGUCCACCACCCGAGUGCCAUGUCUGCUACCUAUCCAGCUUUGGCUCCGCCCCCUCCAGCGACACGCUCGUACGCAGCACUUUGAGCGACUCUUGGCGAGCGAAUCCCCUCCCAAAAACCUCCGGAGUCAAACGAUGAUGAAUGUUACUGAGACGGUCCUUCACACGUCCACCGCCAACCAGCACGGCACUGACACCAACGCACUACCUCAACCGAUCCGACCGGCACGGCGGGUCCAGCACUGACCGCCGCCGCCGCCACACGCUCGAGUCCCGCCUAAAAACCCGUGGAUGAACUUUCACAGAUGAAUUUACAUGAGGCAAACAAAGACAAAAAACAAUCAACAAACUCAACCAUCUGCCCCCCAACAAGCUCCGCCCACCUGCAGAUUCAAACGGAGUGUUGCACUUCACCGGCUGACGGUUUGUUUCCAGUGCUGAGGAAUCCAAAGGGUUUGAAUCCCACGUCUCGUCCUCAAAGAACUUGUAAAUACUCGGACUAAACUUCAGUCCGGAACUUCCAUCCGUUGUGAACAAAUCUGUCGAGUCGACCAACGAACGAAGCGAUGAGUUGAACUUUUGUCGUGGUUGGUUCUGUACAUUUCUGCUUUUUCUACGUCGGAGUGGCUCCUUUCCUUUCACCUGCAGUACACAUGAAAUGUGAACUCUGUGCUUUUGGGUGGUGUUGGCAUAGCAACUAGUGACUUGUCAUAUCAGAUGUGUAUAGUCCUCUGAAAAUACAAAAAAAACAACAAAAAAAAACAGCAAAGGGUUGCAUGAGGAGAUGCAGUAACUGAUCCGUUUAUUUUCUGGUUUCUGUUGUGCAGGAGACUUUAAAGUAGACCAAAAAAAUCAAACUGCUUUUAUAAAGUGUUCAUAAUGAUUAUUCUUCCCCUUUUGUUCCUUUUUAAUCUCUAUCAAAUGUCCGAGUUGCCUUUUUCUUUUCCUGUUUUGUACUGGUGUUUGUGCUUUUGCUCUGGCGCCCUCUGGUGGAACCGGCGGGCGUUACCACAAAGGAAAGGUACCGAACUCUUAAAAAAAGAGUUUUAUGUGUUUGUCCACGGUUUCUCUUUUGUUUUUGGAAAUUGUAUUAAAAUGAGGUUUUGAAAGCG